AUGCCGAGAAGGUGGAUGUUCCUCGCCGUCCUCUGGGCCGCCGCCGCCUCGGCUGCCGUCCUCGGGGCGCCGGUGGCGGCGGGCGCCCGGACGCCGUUGGUGCUGCUGAUCUCCUUCGACGGAUUCCGAUGGGAUUACGACCGCGGCGUGGACACGCCGAACCUGGACCGCAUGGCGGAGGACGGGGUCAAGGCCCUGUACGUCACGCCCCCCUACCUCACGAUCACCAGCCCCACGCACUUCACCCUCCUCACGGGCCGCUACAUCGAGCGCCACGGCGUGGUCCACAACAUGUGGUUCAACACGACCACCGCGGAGAAGAAGCCGUACUACCAGACGCAGUUUGUGAACGAGUGGUGGGACAACGGCUCGCUGCCCAUCUGGAUCACCGCGCAGAGACAGGGCCUAAGAGCCGGCUCUCUCCACUUCCCCGGCACAGCCUCCAGUUACCAGGGCCAGGUUGCCAUGGAGCGGGAGGUGGAGCCUCCGCUCUACAACUACAACAACGAGACGGCGUGGCGGGAGAACGCCGACAAGGUGAUGGGCUGGUUCGCCGACCGGCGGCUGGACUUCGUGUCGCUGUAUUUCGGCGAGCCGGACGGCGUGGGCCACCGCUACGGGCCCGACUCGCCGCAGCUGCGCGCCAUGGUGCGCCAGGUGGACCGCACCGUGGGCUACAUCCGGCGCGCGGCGGAGCGGCGCGGGCUGACGGAGCGCCUGAACAUCGUGCUCACCGCCGACCACGGCAUGAGCGCGGUGUACCGCGGCGGCCUGGCGGAGGAGAUCACGCUGGCCGAGAUCCCGGGCUUCUCCUUCGCCGACGUGGCCUUCCACCUGGUGGACUUCGGCCCCUCCGGGAUGCUGCUGCCGAAGCCGGGCCGGCUGGAGGCGGUGUACGGCGCCCUGAAGGGGGCGCACCCGCACCUCCACGUGUUCCGCAAGGAGGAGAUGCCGGAGCGCCUCCACUUCGCCCACAACGACCGCAUCCUGCCCCUCGUGCUGUUGGCCGACGCCGGAUACGUCAUCAACGGGUAUUUCCCCGUCCAGUUCCACAAGGGCGAGCACGGCUUUGACAACGGGGACAUGGACAUGAAGCCCUUCUUCAGGGCCGUGGGCCCGGCGUUCCGCAGGGGCCUGGAGGUGGGGCCCUUCGAGACGGUGCACAUCUACGCGCUGAUGUGCCACAUCCUGGGCAUCCGGCCGGAGGACAACGACGGACACCUGAACGCCACGUGGCACAUGCUGGUGGCCGGCGCCCCGGCUGGGGGAGGAGGCGCGCUGCCCGCCGUGUUCACCGGCGUGGCGGCGGCGGCCGGGAUCCUCGCGCUGCUGUUCGUCGCCACGACGACCCACAAAAUACUGCUGAGCAAACACCGGAACCACAGGUCCAGAAGUUCAGAACCUCUUCCAGGAGAAGAAGAGGCAGAACAAACUUCCCUUUGAUGUCACGGAGGAGAGAAGAAGAAAUAAAAGCUGCUCUAUUGUGACGAUGAGCAACAGCUGCCUGGGGGGGGGACCCCAGAGCAGGAAUUAAGUUGUACUUUUAUUAUAAGUUCAGAAACAUAGAAUCAGGGGUAAUAAUCAAAUAAAUAAAAAUUACUCAACAGCUAAUUUUGUGUGUAUUUUGUUUAAACUUAGGAUGUAUGUAUAUUACUAUUAGUGUGGUGUAAUUAAAUGUUUACUGAUGAAGUAUUAACUGCCUUUUUAACGAAGCCUUGAACACAACACGAUCAUAACAUGCGAGACGUUGUUAUUAUUCAUUUUUUUAAACACAAAUAAGACGAAAGUCCGCCAUAGAAAGCAAUAAAACGAAGAUAAAUAACUUUA